AUGGACUAACCUGUGGUACACUAUGACUACUAUGGAUAACUAAUGGACUAACCUGUGGUACACUAUGACCACUAUGGAUAACUAUUGGACUGACCUGUGGUACUAAACCGUUAUAGAUAACUAAUGGACUAACCUGUGGCACACUAUGACUACUAUGGAUAACUAAUGGACUAACCUGUGGUACACUAUGACUACUAUGGAUAACUAAUGGACUAACCUGUGGCACACUAUGACCACUAUGGGUAAUUAAUGGACUAACCUGUGGUACACUAUGACUACUAUGGAUAACUAAUGGACUGACCUGGGGUACUGAACCGUUAUAGAUAACUAAUGGACUAACCUGUGGUACUAAACCUUUAUAGAUAACUAAUGGACUAACCUGUGGUACACUAUGACCACUAUGGAUAACUAAUGGACUAACUAGUGGUACACUAUCACCACUAGAGAUAACUAAUGGACUAACCUAUGGUACUAAACCUUCAUAGAUAACUAAUGGACUAACUAGUGGUACAGUAUGACCACCAUAGAUAAGUAAUGGACUAAGUGGUGGUACACUAUGACCACUAUAGAUAACUAAUGGACUAAUUAUUGGUAAUAAACCUUUAGAGAUAACUAAUGAAGUAACUACUGCUGCACUCUGACCGCUAGAGAUAACUAAUGGAAUAACUAGUGGUACUAAACCUUUAUAGAUAACUAAUGGACUAACUAGUGGUACUAAACCUUUAUAGAUAACUAAUUAACUAACCAUUGCUGCACUCUAUUUGUACUAGAUAACUAAUGUACUGCACUCUGACCGUUAUAGAGAACUAAUGUACUAACUAUUGCUGCACUCUGACCAUAUCGAUAACUGAUGUACUAACUAUUGCUGCACCCUGACCGUUACAGAUAACUAAUGUACUAACUAUUGCUGCACUCUAACCAAUAGAUAACUAAUGUAUUAACUAAUGCUGCACUCUGACCCUAAUAGAUAACUAAUGUGCUUCACUCUGACCGUAAUAAAUAACUAAUGGACUGAAGAUAAAUUAAUACCAUGUGUAAAGACAAAGAUAAGUAAGACGAUGUGUAAAGAUAAAGUAACACCAUGUGUAGAGACAAAGAUAAGUAAGAUGAUGUGUAAAGAUAAAUUAAUACCAUAAGAUAAAGAUAAGUAAGAUGAUGUGUAAAGAUAAAGUAACACCAUGUGUAAAGAUAAAGAUAAAUUAAGGUGAUGUGUAAAGAUAAAGUAACACCAUGUGUAAAGAUAAAGAUAAAUUAAGGUGAUGUGUAAAGAUAAAGUAACACCAUGUGUAGAGACAAAGAUAAGUAAGAUGAUGUGUAAAGAUAAAUUAAUACCAUAAGAUAAAGAUAAGUAAGAUGAUGUGUAAAGAUAAAGUAACACCAUGUGUAAAGAUAAAGAUAAAUUAAGGUGAUGUGUAAAGAUAAAGUAACACCAUGUGUAGAGACAAAGAUAAGUAAGAUGAUGUGUAAAGAUAAAUUAAUACCAUAAGAUAAAGAUAAGUAAGAUGAUGUGUAAAGAUAAAGUAACACCAUGUGUAAAGAUAAAGAUAAAUUAAGGUGAUGUGUAAAGAUAAAGUAACACCAUGUGUAAAGAUAAAGAUAAAUUAAGACUGUGUAAAGAUAAAGUAACACUAUGUGUAGAGGUAAAUUGACACCAUGUGUAAAGAUAAAGUAACAACGUGUGUAAAGAUAAAUGACCCCAUGCUGGGAUAGUAAGAUAAAGGUCUAGCUCUACAGAGACGAUUCAUAUGGAUAUACAAACAUUUGUAUAAAGAGAACAAGUGACCCAGAUAGAGAGUAAGGGAGGAAAAGAGAACGAUGGAUAUACAACAACAUGGGUCAAUAAAUAUAUAGAUAUGUAAUAUAUAACGUAUAGGAUAAUCGGCACAAGAAGAGUUGAAGAUAUGAACAAUUAUACAUUCAAUGAUUGAAUGUGUGCUCAUAAGAAAAUGUGUGUUGGAUUCUGAUUGGCAGAGAGCAACAUGUGUCCUGCAUGGUUAUUGGUUGUGGCAGUGGUGGGUGUGGCCAGAGGAACUGUCAGUCAAUGCUGGGAACAACCCUCCUGUAAAGACGUGUCUUCAGAGAGCAAUAUACUGGAAUGUAUCCAGCUGUGUCGGUCCGACCUGACAGAGGAGACGCCCCUCUUCCCGGGCGACGCCCACCUGCAGCCCCUCCUCCUGCCGGAGCCCGACUCCAGCCCACCCUUCUCGCGCUCCCCCUCCUCCCCCUCCUCCCCCCUCUCCUUCUCCUCUUCCCUGCUCCUCCCCGGGGGGGGGGCGCGCCCGGCUAAGCGCUCCUACUCCAUGGAGCAUUUCCGCUGGGGCAAACCGGUGGGCCGCAAGAGGCGCCCCAUCAAGGUGUUCACCUCCUCCUCCUCCUCCUCCUCCUCUCCCCCCCCCGGCCCUGACGACUCCUCCGAGGGCUUCCCCGGGGAGAUGAGGAGGGAGCUGGGCAACGAGGCGCUGGAGGAGGUGAAGAAGGACGGCUACAAGAUGAAGCACUUCCGCUGGGGCUCCCCGCUGCCCAGCAAGCGGUACGGAGGCUUCAUGAAGAGCUGGAGGGAGGAGGAGCGCGGCCAGGGGCCCCUGAUCACACUGUUCAGGAACCUCAUCAACAAGGAGCAGCAGCCCGACGCCUAG